AUGAUUCCAUCUUAUAAUGAUUUUGAAAGUUUAGCUAAAACAUCCCGAGAUAUAGAUUCAAUUAUUUAUUGGCAAAAAAUUACAAAAGAAAUGUCAUUUUAUCAUGACUUUCAAAGUAUUAAUAUUAGAGUUAAAGAAGGAACUUCAGAUGGUUUAAAUGUUAUCAAAAUUGAAAAUAUAAAUAUUGAAAGAGACAGAAGAUUUUAUAGAGAGGAAGAAAAUUUUAUUAAUUUUUAUGGUGAAAGAUUUCUUAGAUCAAAUUGUACAAUGAUUUUUUACAGUAAUUGGAUAGAAGGAUAUUUAGAGAGUGAACGUAAAUUAUUUGUCGCUAAAAUAUUUAAUGAAAUAAAUUUAAACUGUCAGUUACGUGAAAAUACAAAAUUUUUAGAUAUUUUAAUAGAUUUUUCUUAUCAUCAUUCAAUAAUUCUUUAUGUUUUAAGCAAACUUAAACAUCCAAAUAUUGAACGUAUAAAAAUUACUGAUAGUGUUUUUAUGGCACAUAAAACUAAUGAGUAUAAUCAAUUGGAAUCUAAUAUGUUUGAAGGAUUUUCUAAUCUUCAUGAACUUGAAAUUGGUUGUAUAUUUUUUAGUCACUAUUAUAAACGUCUUCUCAAAAAUACAAGUGUUCUGGAACAUGUUUUUAAUGAUUUAUCUAAAAAAAAAGAAGCAACAUUAAUAUUGACAUUUGCUCCAUGUGAAUAUGAUAAUAUGAUUAAAUUAAUUGAUUUGACAACAAAGAUUAUUGGAAAAUACAAGAUAAAAUUAAAAUGUAAUCUUAAUCAUGUUCUUGAAACUAUUGAUGGAACAAAUAACAUUAAUUAUACACCACGUGUGUUUAGUUAUUUAUCAAUAAAUAAAUAUAUAACUUCACUUACAAUUGGAGUUAGAAAUUCUAGAUAUUUCAUAAACAUUAUGAGAAAUUUACAAGUUUUUACAAAUCUUGAAUCACUACAACUUGAAUUUUUAUUUUUCAAUUUAACAAAAAACAUCAAUGUAGAAGAGAGAUGUAAAAAGAAUCAUUUAUCAAUCAAAAAUAUUACCAAAUUGACAAAACUUAAAUUAUACUUUAGUGAUUUUUUAAAUAAGAAUAAGAAUAUAAAUAUUAAGAAAUUUCUUACUAAUUUUAAAUAUCUUAUUUCAUUGAUGCCAACAACCAUACAAAAAUUAGAAUUAGUUCUUGUUCCAAUGUUGAAUGAAAAAGUAGUAAAAGUAAUUAAUAAAUGUUUACCAAAUAUAACAAUACUAAGAACAAAUCGUGUAAUAUUAAAUGACAUUAAUUGUCUUAUGCCUCUUGGUAAUUUAAAAAUUUUAAUAUGCCAUCAGGAUCUUCCUUUAAAAGUUCCUGAUACAGUUGAGUUAUUUGGAAUCAAAAAAAGAUUUACUUUAUAUGAUGAAAAGCAUAUGUCAAAAUAUGAACAACUAAUCGAAAGUUACACUGAAAAAUUCACAAAAAAAAUUCAAGAUACCAAUCAAAGAUGUAUUUUUUUUAAUGAUGUAAAAAAAUGGAAUUAUUAUAAAUGUGUUAUUGAAGAAGAUUUUUGGUAA